AUUCAAACAAAUGGAAGGAGAGGAGGAAAAAUUGAUUUGGUUUUCCUCUCUCUCUUCCGCUCGAUUUCCUCUGGUCUCUCUUUACAUCGGAAUAAUCCAUGGACGUUUGUCGAAGACCCCUCAAACCCUCUAUUCCUCAUAACCAUCACCAAAAGCGUCCGACUCCUUCCUCCGACGCCGCGAAGGCUUCUGAUGCACUCCCUCUCCCUCUCAACAUAACCAAUUGUUUCUUCUUUACGCUCUUCUUCUUCGUCGCGUACUACCUGCUCGACAGGUGGCGCGACAAGAUCCGCACCUCCACCCCACUCCACAUCCUUACUUUCUAUGAGCUAGCCGCCAUUCUGUCCCUCAUUGCCUCUUUCAUUUAUCUUCUGGGAUUCUUUGGUAUUGAUUUUGUCCAGUCUUUCAUUUCUCGCUACUCACACGACGUUUGGGAACUCGAAAACGACGAAGAACAGAUCUUCAUUCGUGACGGUGAUUGUAGCAUCCAUUGCCCUGCGUCCUCAUUAAUUACAAGCAAACCAAAAUCAAUGGAUAUUCCAGUUACGCCUUUACCUCUGAAAGAUGAUGAAGAACUAGUGAAAUCCGUGGUCUCGGGAGAUAUCCCUUCCUAUUCAUUGGAAUCUAAGCUCGGGGACUGCUUCAAAGCGGCCUCGAUCAGGCGCGAGGCAUUGCAGAGGUUGACGGGAAGGUCUCUGGAGGGAUUGCCGUUGGAGGGGUUUGAUUACAAGUCGAUAUUGGGGCAGUGCUGCGAGAUGCCGGUGGGAUAUGUGCAGAUUCCAGUGGGGAUAGCGGGGCCUCUGUUGCUCAACGGGUGCGAGUACUCAGUGCCGAUGGCCACCACAGAAGGAUGCCUCGUGGCCAGCACCAACAGGGGUUGCAAAGCUAUCUUUGCAUCUGGGGGUGCCACUUCGGUGCUCCUCAGAGAUGGGAUGACAAGAGCUCCGGUGGUAAGGUUCGCCUCUGCAAAGAGGGCUACGGAGCUGAAGUUCUUCUUGGAGGACCCGCUCAAUUUUGAUACAUUGACUGUUGUUUUCAACAAGUCGAGCCGAUAUGCAAGACUACAAGGUAUUCAGUGUGCUAUUGCAGGGAAAAAUCUCUACAUUCGAUUUAGCUGCAGCACUGGUGAUGCCAUGGGGAUGAACAUGGUGUCUAAAGGUGUUCAGAAUGUUCUGGACUUCCUUCAAAAUGAUUUUCCAGAAAUGGAUGUUAUUGGUAUUUCUGGAAAUUUCUGUUCUGAUAAGAAACCUGCAGCAGUCAAUUGGAUUGAAGGGCGGGGAAAGUCAGUUGUCUGUGAGGCAGUUAUUAAUGGAGAAGUGGUGGCAAAGGUAUUGAAAACUACUGUAUCUGCCCUCGUUGAGCUUAACAUGCUCAAGAACCUUACUGGCUCUGCUGUUGCUGGUUCUCUUGGUGGCUUUAAUGCUCAUGCUGCCAACAUCGUGUCUGCAAUUUUCCUAGCCACUGGACAGGACCCAGCACAAAAUGUAGAAAGUUCUCACUGUAUCACUAUGAUGGAGGCUGUCAACAAUGGCAGGGAUCUUCAUGUCUCUGUCACCAUGCCUUCCAUCGAGGUUGGCACAGUUGGAGGUGGUACUCAAUUGGCUUCACAGUCUGCUUGUCUCAACCUUCUUGGAGUUAAGGGUGCAAACAAGGAGUCCCCAGGCUCAAACUCCCAGCUUCUGGCAACCAUAGUUGCGGGUUCAGUUUUGGCCGGGGAGCUCUCUUUAAUGUCUGCCAUUGCGGCAGGACAGCUGGUUAAAAGUCACAUGAAAUACAACCGAUCAAGUAGGGAUGUGACCAAACUUGGCUAGUAGGAGGAAAGAACUCCCAGCAUCUUUAUCGCAUAUAAAGUAUAAAUACAUGUCAGAUGGCUGGAGGAAGAAUAGAGCUAUGACGAGAACAUGAGGAAAGGAUUUCCAUGGGGGAUGCUCCUUGUCAUAGCUGGAAAGUUAGCGAGCAUGUGAAAUGUGAAGGCCGAGGUUACAUAUCUAAAUUCAAGUACUUCCCUUUUCUGGCAUGAACAACUCACCGUGAUACCACCAAGGCCUUUCCUUGAGCAUUUUGACCUCUUUUUCUUUUUUUAUUGAUCCUCCUUUAUUUGGUUGUCGUUUGCUAUUCUUAUCUGUUGCACAUGACUGAAAUGCUGCCUAGAAUGGUCGCAGUACUUUAUCUGCUUUUUUCAUUUGUAAAGGUUGAAAAUUUUUGGAUCCUGUACAUGAAUAAUACAAUUUUAAGUUUGGUUUAGGUGUGUAAAUCUUGCAAUGCGCGUGAUAAGGCGAUUACAUUUCU